AUGCGGACUUGUGACUUGGGCUUGAACCACAACUCUCAUCAUGACACUCUGAUCUUCAUCUCACCAGGGGGCGCUCUAACGGAGGAGGUGGAGCUGGAACUGCCAGCAGACGUCAUAAAGGGAUCGGCACGAGCCUCCAUCUCUGUGCUGGGAGACAUCUUGGGUCGUGCCCUGAAGAACAUGGAGGGUCUCCUGAGGAUGCCGUAUGGCUGUGGAGAGCAGAACAUGGCCAUCCUCUCCCCAAACAUCUACAUCCUGCAGUAUCUGCACAACACUGGCCAGCUCACCACAGACAUCAGAGAGAGGGCCACCAACUUCCUCAAGAGUGGAUACCAGCGACAGCUUAACUACAGACAUAGUGACGGGGCCUACAGCACGUUUGGCAAAGGAGACAGGAACACGUGGAGAUGA